AAUGGAGGAUAUUGAGAAAAAUACAAAAAAUGGUGAAACAUCUUCAAUGAAACAUCUAAAACGUAAUGUAAAUGACAAUGAUGAAGAUCAUAUUGAUGCUAAACGUAAACGAAUAUUUCAACCCAUAAUUGAAAAUGAUCAACAAAUUAUUGAGACAAACUUAUGUAACUUACCAAAUGAAUUAUUAAUAUCAAUAUUUAGUUAUUUAGAUACUGUUGAUUUAAUGGAUUUAUGUUUAACUUGUGAGCGAUUUUUUGAUCUAUGCUACGAAAAAUCAUUAUGGAAAAUAAUAAACAUUCGUGAUAUAAAUUUAACUGACGAUAUAUUCAGACAAUACAUGAAUUUUGCUGGUCCUCACACUGAAGAAUUUCACAUAAUUGGUACAGAUUCACUUAAUAGAAUAUUAACGUUUGACAAUUUAUAUCAAAUUAAGAUUAAAUGUCCAAAUUUACGUGCAUUACAUUUGGAGAACCAAAUGCUUGAUUCAGUUUAUAUGUUCGUAUCAGUAUUUCCUUCAACGUUAAAAGAAUUAUCGUUAGCCAAUUGUUCCUUAUUAAAUGAUUCAUAUUUUCAACGAUUUUUCGCUGGUAUUGAUUCCUAUUUUACAAAUUUAGAGACAUUAAUUUUAACAAAUUGUCUUUGGUUUUCAUCACAUAGUAUAAUGGCCAUUUCAAAAUUACCAAAAUUAAAAUUUUUAUAUUUAGAUGGAUGUAUACAGUUAAAUAAUUUUAUGCCUUACUUAAGUUUAUCAACGCGUUACGGUUUUAAGAGUUUAGAAUUGGUUGAUUUACGACGAACAUACGUUAGUGAUAGCGAAGUAUCAUGUUUUAAUGCAACAAAAACAUUGAAAGCAUUAUAUUUAGAACAUGUUCCUGUGGACAGUCAAAAUAAUCGAAAUACAAGAGCAAUUUUAAAAGAAGAUAAUUCAAAAGUAUUACAAACCGAAUUUUUUAAAACGGCAUUGGAUCGUUUGUCAAAUAUGAUAACAGAAAUUGAACAACAUUUAGAAAAUAUGAAUACACCAAAAUCAAGAAUAUUGAAAACAAAUUUUAAUACUCUAAUGCAAGAUUUAAGUAAAACUACAAUUGGUGAUGCAUGCCGAAUCAUUUGUAUGAAUGUAACAAAAAAGUAUGGUAAAACUGUAGAAGAACAUGCCGAUGACAAUGCACCAUAUCUAGAUAAGACUUUCCUCAACGAUUUAAAACAACUCACACGUCGUGUAAAUAACGGACAAAACGAACAUAUGAAUAUUGAUUUUGAUGCAAAUUUUUAUGAUAAUACAGUGCUGGUGGGAUUAGGAGCUGCACCUAAUGUCUCAUCGGUUGAUGAUCGAACGGUUCAUGCAUUGUUCAAUCCACGUUCAGAAUGUGUACAUUUAGAACGUGUUUCGUUUCGUGGCUGUCAAAAUAUUACCAAUAAAGGUUUAAUUUAUUUAACGAAUGCAUCACAAACAAUUUCAUUUAUUGACGUGCGAGGUACGGGUGUGACACAUAGUGGAUGUUUAAAGUUCCAAGCGUUACGACCAUGCUGUGAAUUGAAAUGUGAUUUUGAAAUUUAA